AUGCCGGUUUCUAUGACCAUGGCUGCGUUCUGGGGCAUCUCAUGGUACCUUUGUGUGGAGCUGGGCGUCCGCCUGUUGUGGAUGCCCGUCAUGCACAAGAAGGGGCUGUACUUCUGGGCCUGUUGCGUAGCUUCGUUGGGCGUAUUGACCCAGCCGCUGUUCGUGGUCCUCAGCGCAUGGGGACCCCUCCAUAACGAGUCUUCUUACCUGGCCCAUUCUCUCCUUGAAGUCAGUUGGUGGAUGAUGGUGGUCCCGCAGUCCGUGGUCCUCUACUCGCGCCUCAACCUCGUCGUGUGGAAUCCCGACCACGCUCGCUACGUGCUCUACAUGAUCAUCUUCACCACCGUCUUCAUCUCUUUCCCCACAAUGGGCUUCGGCAUCGGGCUGCAAGACGCCACACGACCAGAUCUCGUGAGGUUCUACUUCAUCUGGGACAAAACUCAAGUCACCGUCUUCUUCGUACAAGAGGUCAUCAUCUCCUUGCUGUACAUUGUCGCAACACGACACGUCCUCCAGAAUCGAGCCACCAUUGGGGAUACCAAAAAGAACAUCAGAGCUGUAAUGAAUCAUCUCAUUUGGACCAAUGUUCUCGUCGUGAGUCUAGACAUCGCGCUCCUCGGCCUUUCCGUGUCCAAUCAAUACUUCGUCGCAGGCGCUUUCCGGCCGUGCGUGUACGGUGUAAAGCUUCGAGUCGAAUUCUCGAUUCUGAACCGCCUUGUCCAAUGCCUUCGGGGACAGACGGACCAGUCGUACCCCUACUCCAACAGGAACAGUGGGCAAAGUAAUGAGCAACCGCGCGACUCCCACUGGCGGUCUACUCCGCGCGACAACGUUACGCUCAAGACAUUAAGCCACGACAGCGAGGUCAACAUCCUGCCGCCCAGUCGCAGCCACGACUCGAGGGAGCGUUGGGAUCGAAGUGUGGAGUCCGCGCAGAACAAGGACUAA